CCCCGCCCCGCCUUCCACUGCAGUCCAGCCUGCGCUGCUGAGUGACAACUAAGCUGCAUCAAUGAGCGCAGUGUCCAGAGAGAGCCCGCCUCCAGGGCGUUACCACGGCAACGGGACUGAAGGGAGCGGCGGAGCCGGGAAGAGGUAGACCUCUGUGAGCGCUCCAGCGGGCAGGCUGGACAGAAGAGCCAACGGAGGAAAUGCCUCCACCGCUGGACAUUGUGAAGGUAGCCAUUGAGUGGCCUGGCGCUAAUGCCCAACUGAUUGAAAUUGACCAGAAACGGCCACUGGCUUCCAUCAUCAAGGAGGUUUGUGAUGGGUGGUCCUUACCCAACUCUGAGUAUUACGCGUUCCGUUAUGCAGACGGCCCCCAGCUGUACAUAACUGAGCAGACUCGUGGUGACAUAAAGAAUGGAACCAUAUUACGUUUGGCUGUGUCCCCUUCCCGCGCAGCACGGCAGCUUCUGGAACGGAUUCAGUGCUCCAGUAUGGACUCCAGGCUGGAGGCAAUGAAGGAACUGGCUAAGCUUUCUGCAGACACUACUUUUGCAACCGAAUUCAUCAAUAUGGAUGGAGUGACAAUCCUUACCCGACUGGUUGAAGGCGGCACAAAGCUCUUGUCACAUUACAGUGAGAUGCUGGCCUUCACACUGACAGCCUUCCUGGAGUUAAUGGAUCAUGGUAUUGUCUCCUGGGACAUGGUGUCACUCACCUUCAUAAAGCAGAUUGCUGGAUACGUGUCUCAGCCAGCAGUGGAUGUCUCCAUUCUCCAGAGGUCCUUGGCAAUCCUAGAAAGUAUGGUGCUAAACAGCCAGGCCCUGUACCAUAAAAUAGCUGAGGAAAUCACAGUGGGUCAGCUCAUUUGUCACCUGCAAGUUUGUAACCAGGAAAUCCAGACUUACGCCAUUGCUCUCAUCAAUGCGCUGUUUCUGAAAGCUCCCGAGGACAAGCGCCAGGAGAAGCCUCCGAAUAUCUUGGAUCUUCCCGUUAGUGAGAUGGCAAACAUAUUUGUACAGAAGCACCUCCGUUCUAUCAUACUCAAUCAUAUUAUCCGAGGAAAUCGACCCAUUAAAACGGAGAUGGCACAUCAGCUCUAUGUGCUCCAAGUGCUAACCUUUAACCUCCUAGAGGAACGGAUGAUGACCAAAAUGGACCCCAAUGACCAGGCCCAGAGAGACAUCAUAUUUGAAUUAAGAAGAAUUGCAUUUGAUGCAGAGACGGACGGCAGCGGAGUGUCAGGCACUGGGACAGAAAAGCGCAAAGCCAUGUACAGCAAGGACUACAAGAUGCUGGGCUUCACUAAUCAUGUGAACCCAGCUCUGGAUUUCAUUCAGACACCCCCGGGUAUGCUGGCUCUUGACAAUAUGUUGUACUUGGCCAAAUGUCAUCAGGACACUUACGUACGGAUUGUGUUGGAGAAUAGCAGUAGGGAAGAUAAGCACGAAUGUCCAUUUGGACGCAGCGCCAUUGAACUGACAAAGAUGUUAUGCGAGAUACUUCAUGUCGGAGAAUUGCCUAACGAGGGGCGAAACGAUUACCACCCCAUGUUCUUUACUCAUGAGAGGGCAUUUGAAGAAUUCUUUUGUAUCUGCAUCCAGUUGGUUAACAAAACCUGGAAGGAGAUGAGAGCUACUGCUGAAGACUUUAACAAGGUGAUGCAAGUGGUGAGGGAGCAGAUUACCCGUGCUUUGCCCUCCAGACCGAACUCUCUGGAGCAGCUUAAGAACAAACUGCGCGUCCUGAGCUACACAGAAAUCUUGAGGCUUCGGCAGUCUGAGAGGAUGAGCCAGGACGACUUCCAGUCCCCGCCUAUUGUGGAACUACGUGAGAAAAUUCAACCCGAGAUUUUGGAAUUAAUUAAACAGCAGCGGCUGAACCGCCUGUGUGAAGGAAGCAGCUUUCGUAAGAUUGGAAACCGCAGAAGGCAAGAGAGGUUUUGGUUCUGCCGCUUGGCCCUUAACCACAAGGUUUUGCACUAUGGAGACUUGGAGGAGAAUGCACAAGGAGAGGUGCCAUACGAGUCACUGCAAGAGAAGAUCCCAGUCGCCGAAAUCAAGGCCGUGCUUACUGGAAAAGACUGUCCUCAUAUGAAGGAGAAGAGUGCACUGAAGCAGAACAAGGAGGUUUUGGAAUUGGCCUUUUCCAUACUGUAUGACCCAGAUGAGACUCUAAACUUUAUUGCACCAAAUAAAUAUGAGUACUGCAUCUGGAUCGAUGGUGUGAAUGCUUUGCUGGGGAGGGAGAUGAGCAGCGAGCUAACCCGCAGUGACAUGGACGCUCUGCUCAGCAUGGAGAUGAAACUGCGUCUGCUGGACCUGGAAAACAUUCCGAUCCCUGAGGUGCCUCCUCCCAUUCCCAAAGAGCCCAGCAGUUAUGACUUUGUCUACCACUAUGGCUGAUCUGGAGAUCUACAUGAAGGACACGCACACCCACUAACCUGGGGAAAGACCUCUCAUUAAUCAGCUGUGUAAUGGACCAAGGUCUGCCCUGAGAUGGGGAAGGGGCUUGUGUAAUCCAGAUGAGCACCCCCCACUCAUCCAUUAGCUGUCUUUGGCAGAGCUGCUGUGGAUGAACACCCUACAGUUGUUCGUUAAUACAAGAGCAGCAAGGGCUUCUGGGUCACAGUUCUUGCCUGCUAGGCACCCUCUUCCUCCUGGUUCUUUUCCAAGGUUUACCUUUUUCAAUAGGUACUGCAUAGGUACAGGCGGAGGCUGCAUAUAUUGUUUAUGGCCCGGUAGGGUUUAAAUCAGUCAAUCUAUUUUUGCCUUAAUGUUUAGAAUGCUUUUCCAAUCAGAGUGCUGCCCGCCGCCUUCCACUCGAAGCAUGGAGUGCAGCUUUUCAUUCCAACAGUGUGUGCGGUGCUCUGCUCGAAAGCACAAUCGAUUUUUCUUGUUACCAGAGAGGUAUUUUUGUCUAGGUACAUAAACUGUAAUGUCUCACUAUUGUAUCUAAAAACA